AUGGGCCUCCAAAAAGGCCCAGCCAUCCAUCCUCGGGCAUCAAAGGACUAUGUGAGACGCGGAGGAAUCGAUGUGGGAAAAUGCCUUCCAUUGGAAUGGACUCCACUUUGCUUCUUCAUUAAGAAUUUCAAUCGAGAAAAAGAAAAUCGAGAGACACAGAGAGAGAGAAAUUCGGAUUACCUUUAUAAAAUUCAUCGACGCGGCAGAUUGAUCAGAAUGCGCUCCUUCCCACCAAAUUCCUUUCCUAUUCUUCCUCCGCUGCUGCUCUUCUUUGUCGUCUCCGCUGCGAUCGCCACCAUGACCGACUCCGUUCCUUCCGCCGCCGCCUCCGCCUCCGCCCAGCCGGCUUCCGCCGCUGUUCACAUCGUCUACACCGAGAGGCCGGAGGGGAAUGAAGAGCCGGAGGCCUAUCACAUCCGAACCCUCGCCUCCGUCCUCGGCAGCGAGCAGGCUGCGAAGGAUGCUAUGCUGUACAGUUACAAGACGGCUGCGUCUGGCUUCUCAGCUAAGCUUACUCCAGAGCAGGUCGAGCAGAUCUCAAGUUGAGUUGAAUUAGGGUUUGAUGGUUGUUGUACCUUUGGUAAUGGCACCUGUUUGUUGCCGAUUGUCACCCUUUGGGAGUCCUUUUGAUAACCUUUUCUCAGCUACAUGACUUCUGUUGCCAUACUUCUGUGAAGUUUGUUUUGAUUGCAUCUUCAGGAGAUGUUGAAUCGUCUGAGAGAUCCCUUUGCUUGGCUCACGAUGUCGGUUAAUGUAUCUUCCUUAUGUUAGUAACGUAUUUCUGAUUCGCUUGAAUGAGUUCUUGUGAAGGCUUCUUUGCCCGGAUUAUGUUUUCCAGAAAAUAGGAUUGAAUAUGCUGAUGACGAGUUAAUUCCCAGAUGUUGUGCUCUGCUUUUAUAUAUAGAUAGCAGAGUCGCACAAGCAAAUGUGAUACAGACCUGUCAUUUGUUACAGUGCUGAAGCCUCUUUGUUCUGUUGCUCAACAUUUUGCAUCCAAGCCAUCACUGGUUUAAUAAUCUCAAAUGGAAUGACAAGUCCCUUUUACUUCUUUUUGUGUUUUUGUUUCGUUCGCAGGACAACCCGGUGUACUUCAGGUUGUCCCGAGCAGGACUGUCCAGCUGCAUUCUGGACCGGGGAAGCUCCACUAGAGGACUUGCCAAAGCAAUAUAUAUCAUCUGAUAAAUGUGUAACCAAUGAGUGGAUUGUUUUUCUCUUACUGCAUUAGCAAACGUCUUCUGUGCACUUACUACAGAUGGUAUAUGGCCUGUAAAAACACAGUUUAUGUUUUAAAUAAAGGGUUAAAGACAUAUUUGGUCACUGAGAUUA